UCUAUCAUUCAUUCACAUCCCCAAAAAUCAAAAUUAAGACUGACAAUGGCGCCUCCCUUUCACCUCCUCGCCGUCGCAAUUACAUUGACGGGAAUAGUACUACUAGCCUUACCCACAGCGGCGCAGGACGCCCCUCAGGACUACCUCAACACCCACAACGGGGCCCGUGCCGCCGUCGGUGUGGGCCCCGUGACGUGGGACGGCAGGGUGGCAGCCUACGCCCAGUCCUACGCCAACCAGAGGGCCGCCGCCGACUGCAGCCUCGUCCACUCCGACGGGCCUUACGGCGAGAACAUCGCGUGGGGGAGCGGGCAGCUGACCGGGAUCGACGCGGUCAGGAUGUGGGGGUCGGAGUGGGUGGAUUACGACUACAACUCCAACACGUGCGCCCCGGGAAGGGACUGCGGCCAUUACACCCAGAUCGUAUGGCGGAGCACCACCACCAUCGGAUGCGCCAAGGCGACUUGUAGCGGCGGCCGGGGCACUUUCGUCAUUUGCAACUACAAUCCUCCCGGCAAUUGGAUUGGCCAGAGACCUUAUGCUAUUGCAGUUUAGUUGUCGUCGCUCGGUUGGGCCAGCAAAUUAUAUAUAUAUAUAUAUAUAUUAUCGCAUGCAUGCAUGUUGUUUGUUUUGGUAUUUCAAUAUUGAAAUUGUAAGAGGAUGACAAUGGUGAGGUCGGGAUGGUACAUCAGAUCACCAUACCCAUCCUAUUCGUAAGUGGUAUUUGGAUUUGGUAUUUCGUUUUGAGUUAUGGGUUGGCCAGGCAGGUCUAAGUCAUGCAAUUAUGCAUUUUAUGAGAAUAAUAAUGCUUAUUAUAUUAUUAUUAUUAUUUUUUCCCCGCUAAAUCUCAAGAAAAAAAAUAUGGCAUGAUAAAUGAAGUUAAAUAUUAGUG